AUGUCCCUGCCAAGUCGACAAACAGCUAUUGUUAACCCUCCUCCACCAGAGUAUAUAAAUACAAAGAAAAAUGGGCGAAUGACAAAUCAACUACAGUAUCUACAAAAAGUUGUCCUGAAAGCUUUAUGGAAACAUAGUUUUUCCUGGCCUUUUCAACAACCUGUGGAUGCUGUGAAACUAAAGUUGCCUGAUUAUUAUACCAUUGUAAAAACCCCAAUGGAUUUAAAUACAAUUAAGAAGCGUUUGGAACAUAAAUAUUAUGUGAAGGCUUCAGAAUGUAUAGAAGACUUUGAUACGAUGUUCUCAAAUUGUUAUUUAUACAACAAGCCUGGAGAUGACAUUGUUGUUAUGGCACAAGCUCUAGAGAAGUUGUUUAAGCAGAAACUAUCCCAGAUGCCUCAAGAAGAACAAAUUGUAGGUGGUAAAGAAAGAAUAAAGAAAGGCACCCAACAGAAUAUAGCUGUUUCUUCAGUUAAAGAAAAACAAUCCCCUAAGGCACCAGAAAAAAUAUCUAAGCAGCAAGUGAUUCCCUCUCUAUUUGCUGAGACAACAAUUUCUCCUCUAAACACAGCACAAGUUGCUCCUCUCAACUUGACUCCACAAACAGUGACUCAAGUUAUAAGGGGUGUGAAAAGGAAAGCAGAUACUACUACUCCUACAACUUCAGUAGUGAAAACAAGCAGUGAAUCUUCACCAACAUUUACAGAAAAAAAAUCAGUGAAAAUGCCACCUGUAAAAGAAAAUGUGCUAGAGAAUGUUUUGCCAGAUUCUCAGCAACAAUGUAAAGUUGUAAAGAAUGUUGAAGUAACUGAACAAUUAAGGCACUGUAGUGAGAUUCUUAAAGAAAUGCUUGCAAAGAAACACUUGUCAUAUGCAUGGCCUUUUUACAAUCCUGUUGAUGUUAAUGCUUUAGGACUCCAUAACUACUAUGAUAUUGUGAAAAAUCCAAUGGAUCUUGGAACAAUCAAGGGGAAAAUGGACAACCAAGAAUAUAAGGAUGCAUAUGAAUUUGCUGCAGAUGUUAGAUUAAUGUUCAUGAAUUGCUACAAAUACAAUCCUCCAGAUCAUGAAAUAGUGACAAUGGCACGAAUGCUCCAAGACGUUUUUGAAAUGCAUUUUGCAAAGAUCCCUGAUGAACCUGUUGAAAGCAUGCCUGUAUGUUACAUCAAAACAGAAAGCACAAAACCCCUUGGUAAAGAAAGUAGUAGUGGAGCUUCCUCUGAAGAGAAUUCUUCUGGUGACUCUGAAGAUGAACGAGUUAGGCGUCUUACAAAGCUUCAGGAACAGCUUAAAGCUGUUCACCAACAACUGCAGGUUCUGUCACAGGGACCUUUCCGUAAGCUGAAGAAAAGGAAUGAGAAGUGUAAAAGGGAAAAGAAAAAGGAAAAGGUUAAUAACAGACCUGAAAAUCCAAGAAAAAAGUUUAAGCAAAUGAAAGUAAAGGAAAAGCCCAAGAUCAAUCCACCAAAGAAGAGGAAACAGCAGGUCCCUGCUCCGAAAACUGAAAAUGAAGAUAAUGCAAAACCUAUGAACUAUGACGAGAAAAGGCAGUUAAGUCUGGAUAUAAACAAACUCCCCGGAGAAAAACUUGGUCGAAUUGUUCACAUAAUACAAUCAAGAGAGACUUCUCUGAGGAAUUCCAGUCCUGAUGAGAUCGAGAUAGACUUUGAAACUCUGAAAGCAUCCACACUAAGAGAACUAGAAAAAUACGUUGCUGCCUGUCUAAGAAAAAGACCCCUGAAACCUCGUGGCAAGCAAAUAACGAAAUCCAAAGAGGAACUGUUUUCACAGAAAAAACAGGAGCUGGAAAAGCGAUUGCUGGAUGUCAAUAAUCGGUUAAAUUCUGGAAAAAGACCAACAAAAUGUGAGAAACCACAGCCAGUCAAGACUGUUCAGAGUGGGUCCCGACUGAGCGAAAGCAGCAGCAGUAGCAGCAGCAGCAGCAGCAGCAGCAGCAGCAGCAGCUCCUCAGAGUCUGGAAGUAGCAGCAGUGACUCAAGUUCCUCUGACAGCAGCGAUUCUGAAUCAGAAAGGCUUCCUAUAUUUACUGAAGUAAAGCAGAGUGAUUCACCUUCUAAAGAGAAAGGAAAGCAGAUACAAUCUUCAGUGCAGGAGACUACCUCUGUGAAAACUGCCCCUGUCCAUCAAAACACCCAUUCAUGUGCAAUACCACCCAAUCACUACCAAUUAACAGUUAAUGAGGAAUCUGAGCACUUACAGAGUGUAAAAAACAUUUCUACUUUACAAACUCUGCCUUCCUCAGGUGAUUCUGAACAACAGUUGAAUGAUCAGACUGUGGUGCAUCAGUCCAAUGAUAAUACACCAAUCGUGCUAGAAUCUGAAUGUCAAGUUCCUGUACAGAAGGAUAUAAAGAUCAAGAACGCAGACUCCUGGAAAAGUUUAGGCAAGCCAAUAAAAGCUUCAGGAGUGCUAAAAUCCUCUGAUGAGCUCUUCAACCAAUUUAGAAAAGCAGCAAUAGAAAAGGAAGUAAAAGCUCGAACACAGGAACUAAUACGGAAACAUCUGGAACAGAAUGUAAAGGAACCAAAAGUAAUUCAAGAAAAUCAGAGGGAAACUGGAUUCACUCUGGAACCUCUUUCAAAUAAAGUACAAAACAAUUGCCUUGGAGAAGAACAUCAGCAGUCAUUGGAAGCUCAAGAUAAAGGCAAAGUCUGGCUUCUGAAAGACCGUAACUUAGCAAGGGAGAAAGAACAAGAGCGGAGGAGGAGAGAAGCAAUGGCGGGUACCAUUGAUAUGACUCUUCAAAGUGACAUUAUGACAAUGUUUGAAAACAACUUUGAUUAA